AUGGCCAAUGCAAAUAAACAAUACUGCAACGUAAGAACCGAAAUAUGCUGCAGGAUCGAAAUCGUGGGCGUUACAAGCCAAUCAGCUGUUGGAGUUGGCUCAACUUUGAACCAAGGCUCAUAUGCUGGACAGAGUUCAUUUGGAUCAAAUGUUGGCUUGGGAGCAACUGGAACGACAUCUUUUGCAAAAGGCACUUACGGAGCUGGUUCAACUGCCUUUGGAUCAAACGUUGGAACUUUAAACAAAGGCGUAGUUGGCUUUACUCCGGCAGUGGUCCCAUCUACUCCUAAAUUCACUGCCACAAAUGCUUUUAAGGGUACUGGACAAACCAAUUUCAUAGAAACCGACUCGUUAACAGCUGGUAGUGUUAACAACGGCGUUUACCGCCCUGGUGCUAUUGGUUCCAACCUGAAACCUGGAAUACCAUACCUGCCUCCAGUGGACAGUCCAAAGAGUGGCACCAACAUUGUCAGUUCUACAAUUUUCCCUACUCCAACCUUCGUAACUACCCCGAAACCUAUCACCAAAGCUACCUACCUUCCUCCCCCUAUUACAUCGACCGCAGCUCCUGGAUACCUCCCACCUUUCGGAGAACAGACAAUUAACAGAGAAACUAUUGUUCCCAACCCAAAUUACUCGGAAGGUUCUUUAUAUCUGGACCAAAACAGACAACCCACCCCAGUUCCAGUGCCAGUACCAAUUGACAUCCCGGUCGGCUGUGCCGCUGCCUUGAAAUGUACGCCCAUUGAGUUCUGUACCGCUGACGGAAUAAUUUCAAACACGACUGUCAUUUUGACCAGAGAUCAAGACGCCUACAGAGUACCUCUUACUGACUGCAGAGACCUCGAAACUGGUCGUAUUGGCAAGUGCUGCCGUGAUCCCUACUACACUGACCCAUGGCCUACGAACCAGCUCGGCAAGUGGGUGCCCGGCGUGUUCGGUGGUAACGAUGGCAAGUACGUGCCAGACAGCCGUGGUAGUUCGAACAAUAUCCGCCCUACUGUCACAGCCAGACCUCCGGUCACCGGUUCCGUGCUUUUGAACAAUUUCAGAACGGAAAAACCAACCGCAACUCCAUUCGGACCAAACCAAGUGACUCCAGGUUUCCCAACACCCACUCCUACUCCCUUCCCACAAAAAGGUCAGUUUGGCGUCGGAGGUCAAGGUCAAUUCGGAAUUGGAGGUCAAGGACAGUACAGCCAGGGUGGUCAAGGACAAAUCGGUGUUAUUGGACAAGGUCAAAUCGGCUCAGGAUCCCAAGUGAAUACUGCAUACUCUCGAGGACAAUACGGCCAGAAGGGUCAAGGUACAAUUAUAUCCCAAGGAAAGGGUCAAGUUAUCAAACAAGGACAGGGAGCGUACGCACAAGGCUCCAAAGGACAAUUUGGAAUUGCCGGACAGGGUGUACAGACUCAAUUCGGAGUUGGUCAGAAAGGUAUCCAAGGACAAGGCAUCGGAGUGAUUGGAGGUCAAGGAUUUGGUAUUAAGAAAGGACAAGGAACAUUCGUUUCUCAAGGAGCUGGAGUCAUUGGCAAUCAAGGACAGGGAACUUUGGUUUCUCAAGGGGUGGGCGCUUUAGGUACUCAAGGACAAGGAGCAUAUGUUUCUCAAGGAGGAGGAGCUCUGGUUUCUCAAGGAGCGGGAUCUUUAGGUACUCAAGGGCAAGGAGCGUAUGUUUCUCAAGGAGUGGGAGCUUUAGGCACUCAAGGACAAGGAGCGUAUGUUUCUCAAGGAGGAGGAGCUUUGGUUUCUCAAGGAGUGGGCACUUUAGGUACUCAGGGACAAGGAGCGUAUGUUUCUCAAGGAGGAGGUGCUGUAGUGUCUCAAGGAGGAGGCGCUCUAGUUUCUCAAGGAGGAGGAGCUUCUGGUAAUCAAGGACAAGGCGCAUUGAUUUCACAAGGACAAGGAACCUUAGUAUCCCAAGGAUUCGGUACUGGCAUACGCCAAGGGCAAGGACAGUACACAUCCCAGGGACAAGGAGCGUAUGUUUCUCAAGGAGGAGGUGCUGUAGUGUCUCAAGGAGGAGGCGCUCUAGUUUCUCAAGGAGGAGGAGCUUUUGGUAAUCAAGGACAAGGCGCAUUGAUUUCACAAGGACAAGGAACCUUAGUAUCCCAAGGAUUCGGUACUGGCAUACGCCAAGGGCAAGGACAGUACACAUCCCAGGGACAAGGAGCGAUUGUGUCACAAGGAUUUGGGCAAGGAGUACGUCAAGGACAAGGCCAAUACGUAUCGCAGGGACAGGGGCAACUUGUUUCACAAGGAGAAGGUCAAUUGGUGUCCCAAGGUCAGGGACAAUAUUUGUCCCAAGGACAAGGUCAGUACGUGAGUCGUGGACAAGGACUCUUAGUGUCACAAGGAUUCGGCCAGAACAUACGUCAGGGUCAAGGUUUCUCCGUAUCUCAAGGAAAUGGUGUCGGUGUUGAGAAUGACUAUGCUGAAUCAGUCCAAAGAGUCUUCUUGCAGAAGUACAAUGGAAAUGGAAAAUGCGGUCUGUUAAAUGGUCAAAGACCUAAUGGCGACCGUAAUAACCUUGAAGUAGACUUCGCUGAGAUCCCAUGGCAAGCCAUGGUACUCCUGCAGACCAACAAGAGCCUCCUCUGCGGCGGUGUGAUCACCAGACCUGACGUCGUUGUUACAACAGCUGCUUGUGUUGAAGGCUUGGACGCCAAGAACGUUCUCAUCAAGGGCGGUGAAUGGAAACUCGGAAUCGAUGAUGAACCCUUACCCUUCCAAAUUGUCCAAGUGAAGACAAUCUUACGUCACCCCUUCUACAAGCCCGGAAGCCUCCUCUACGACGCUGCUAUCCUAGUACUCACAGAAAACCUACGAUUUGCAAAUAAUAUCCAACCAAUCUGUUUACCGGGGGCAGAUGAAACUUUGGACGCGUACUACAGUGGUGAAGGACAGUGCAUUGUUACUGGAUGGGGCAAGGUUGUUUUACAAGCUCACCUCUCCGGAAGUAUCAUGCACAGUCUCAACGUAUCACUCCUAACACCUGGAGAGUGUCAAUCCAAGCUCUCAUCCGACUACCCUCAUUUACUGAGCCAAUAUGACGAAGACAGCUGCGUAUGUGGUGAACCUAGCAAUCCAUUGGACAACAUCUGCAAGGUUGAUAUUGGAAGUGCCCUCGCCUGCACAACUGGUGAUGGCCACUACGUCUUCAGAGGAGUCUACUCUUGGGACACAGGUUGUCAAGUUGGCAACCAACUUGCCGGAUUCUACAAAUUCGAUCUUGAAUGGUACGAAUGGGCUAUUGGACUGAUCGAGAGCGUGAGGUUCUCACAAUUCAACACGAUCACUAAAGUCACCAAGGUCACUGGAGUCAAAGGGUUCAGUGGAGUCAAGGGCUCCCAAUUCAGUGUUAAGGGCUCGGGUAGCUCUGAAGGUGGCAUCAAUACUGGAGUGAAUAGCUUCGGUGUAUCGAAGGGUCAGUUCGGUUUCGGCCAAGGUAUUUUAAGCCAGAACCAGUUCAAUCAGUUCACUAGUGGAAGUCAAAGUGGCUUUGGAGCCUUAAACUUCAGCGAAAUCAAACCGAUUUCGAAUGGUUUCAGCGCAACGUACUCAGAGAAGAAAGUAUUCCAAACCGAACCGAAAAUAAUAACGUACACGACGAAACCGGAAAUCGUAACAUACACGACGAAACCGGAAAUAGUGACGUAUACGACGAAACCGGAAAUAGUUACAUUUACAACAAAACCGGAAAUCUUUACUUACACAACCAAACCGAAAAUCUUUACUUACACGACAAAACCAAAAAUCGUAACAUACACGACUAAACCACAAAUAAUAACGUACGAAACUUCUGGAAGCCGCACUAACCCACAAUACGUAGCCCCCGGUGUAUCAUUUAAUCCAUCUUUCUCAGAAAUAGUCGGUAAACACCAGCACACAGCAAAAUGCAAAUGCUUAGAAAACAAGAAGUGAUUAUGACGCACGAAAUUAAAAAUUAAGUCUUAUUGAUAGUGCCAUAACAAAACAAAAGAAAUCAAAAAUAAAAUUCGAUUAAAAAGUACAAACAACAUUCAGUUCCUACAAUGAGUUACCGGGAAUUUUCUAGAACUAUUCAAAAUGGCGAACGUGUUUCUGUUAUUUAUAAAAAAAAUGUACAUAGGUAGGAUAUAUUUAAUAUUAUUUAUGUAUAUAUUCUAUUCGAAUAGCCUUUUAUUCUACCUAUAUUCUGUACGUUUUAUUAAUGAUUGUAAUCAUAUAAUUAUGUUUAAUUAGAUUUUUGACCAUAUUGGUGGCAAAUAUACCAAAAUGGUCGACUCUCUAAUGUUAAUUGGUCAUAGUUUUUAAAUUAGGACUAUUUUUUAUUAUUAAAAAAACUGACAUAUAUGUA